UAAACCGACCUGACGAUAAUGACUCAACUCCAACUCUCUUUUCCAAACCAGCGUCCCAUGAUGACCCGAACCAGUUCUUGGAGUCGGGUCAGUGUGUGAUGAAUGAUGAUAUGGUGGAGAGGGAUCAUUUUGUUUCGGAUACCCGUCCCGAAUUAGGUGCCUUGGACCUGUUUACGCCUUGUAGUAGUUUUAUGCAGAAGAAGAUGAAACCGCAGUAUGAUAAUAUUGUGAAAUGCAAUGAAUCCAAAAAGUUGACAAUCUCACAGGUUGUACAGUUUGCAAAUAGUUUGGUUGAUGCUAGGAGUGAGCUACAACACAAGGCUGAAGCAACACAACGCAAGUUUGUUAUAGCGAAAGCUUUACUAUGCAAGGCAGACAUUUCUUCUUUUGACAGACUUCGACAACAGGUAUACAAGCUUGAAUUAGAGCGAAAACGAUUAGAAGAGGAUGCUUUUGUUUAUAACUGGCUUCAGCAACAGCUUAAACUCUCACCAGCAUAUAACAGGAUGCUUGAAAUUGGAGUUUCCAUGGAGAAGGAAAAAUCCUGUAAGAUGGGAGAGAGAAAAGAUGAGGAAUUUUCUGACAUUUCUUUUGAAGAAUUAUUAACACAAGAAAAGAAGGAUUCAUUUUGGCAAAGAAAUGGGAAAUCAAGACAAUGUUCAAGCUAAUGACAUUGCUAGUUUAGAUAACUUAGAGUUAGUUUAGAAUGUAAAUCCAAAUGGUUUUUCUGAAUGGACGAGUUUCCAUCAUGCUUACCUGUACUAAUUUUUUUUUGCAAUCGAUCUCGAUUUAAGAGUGUGUACAUCACUUAAGUACAAACUUGUUACUCGUCACAAUCAAAGUUCAUUGAGGUUUAAAUUUAUAUUUUACUAUGUAUCUAUUUAUG